AUGAAUGAUACAGAAUCAUCUGAUUCUAAUGCUGAGAAAAUAUCAAAAGACAACAUUACAAGUCUGGAUCAUCAAAAUCAUGUAGAAGUGACUGAAAAUGCAGAUGGUCAUCGAGUUUUGAGGGUCAGACAAACAAUUAGAAUGCCGAUAUGUUACCUAGAUGAACUGAAGCGACCCAGAAUAAUGAUGCUGAGAGAAGUUCCAAGGAACUAUGAUGAAGCAGUGAAAUCCUCAGACGUAGAAAAUUGGAAAGCUGCAAUGUAUGAAGAAAUGGACUCACGUCAAAUGGUUAGUACUUGGAAAUUAGCUGAUUUACCAGCUGGAAGGAAGGCUAUUGGAAAUCGAUGGGUGUUUGCAAUUAAACUGGAUAAUAACAAUGACAUUGUACAGUACAAAGCAAGGCUAGUUGCAGAAGGGUUUAGCCAAAGGCCAGGGCUUGAUUUUUCUGAAACUUUCAGUCCUGUGGUUUGGGACCUCUCUUGUGUGUUGCUAUUCAAAGAAAUUGGAACAUCAGACUAUUUGAUAUUAAAACAGCAUUCUUGA